UGCUUUCAAUGCAUUCAAACAACACUUUAAACGCUUGUAAACACAUGUCUCUCACUCUCUCUUUACUAUAUUAUUGCUAACAAUUAAUUGAAUGCACUUUUGCUAUCAAUUUGUUAAUUGUUUAGCAAUUAUUUGAAACACAGAUAUAAUUAACUGAAGAAAAAAUAGUGAAAGUAGAAGAAUAUGUCACAAGAGAUUACCACUAAUGGCUGCAAAACUAAUGGCCACACGAACGGACAUUCGGCCAUUUCGGAAACAUUCCUCUUUAGUUCGGAAUCGGUAGGCGAAGGACAUCCCGACAAAAUGUGUGACCAAAUAAGCGAUGCCGUACUGGACGCCUAUUUACGACAAGAUCCCGAAUCGAAGAUUGCUUGCGAAACGGCCACCAAAUCAGGACUUAUUGUAGUGUUCGGUGAGAUUACGUCCACUGCAAGUGUGGACUUAGAUUCGGUUAUCCGCGAAACGGUUAAGAAGAUUGGUUACGACGACCACACAAAAGGAAUUGACUACAAAAAUUGUGAAGUUUUAAUAAAAAUGGAUAAACAAAGCCAUGAAAUAGCUUCGGGUGUUCACGUAAACAAAAACAUUGAAGAUAUCGGUGCUGGAGAUCAGGGACUUAUGUUUGGCUACGCAACCGAUGAGACCGAUGAGUGUAUGCCAUUGACAGUUGUAUUGUCGCGAAAACUAAAUGAAAAGAUGGCUGAACUUCGAAGAGAUGGUACGUUUUGGUGGGCCAGACCUGACUCUAAGACACAGGUGACCUGUGAGUAUCACUUCAAAGAUGGUGCGGCCAUUCCAGUUCGAGUCCAUACGAUUGUAGUGUCGAUCCAGCACUCGGAUGACGUUGAGCUAGACUUUCUCAGAAAUGAGAUAAUGGAAAAAGUUAUAAAAGUGGAGAUUCCCGAAAAAUAUUUGGACACAAAGACUGUUUAUCAUAUUAAUCCUUGUGGUAAAUUUGUUUUGGGUGGACCAGCUUGCGAUGCAGGUCUAACUGGUCGCAAGAUUAUUGUCGACACUUAUGGUGGUUGGGGUGGACACGGAGGUGGUGCUUUCUCUGGAAAAGACCCUACUAAAGUGGACAGAUCUGCAGCUUAUGCGGCCCGUUGGGUGGCCAAGUCGUUGGUGGUAUCGGAACUUUGCAAGAGAUGUCUGGUCCAGGUGUCAUACGCUAUAGGAAUUGCCGAACCGCUGUCUAUAACUGUAUUCACUUACGGAACGUCCCAAAAGAGUCAGAAGGAAUUGGUUAAUAUCAUUAAAAACAACUUUGAUUUGAGACCCGGUAUUAUCAUUAGGGAUUUGGAUCUAAAGAAGCCGAUAUACCAGAGCACCAGUGUUUACGGUCACUUUGGACGCGUAGACUUUCCCUGGGAAGUUCCCAAACACUUGAUUUUUUGAUGAUUGAACAAAAUAUUAAUUAUUUAAUAAAAAAAACAUUAAUCGAAAUGAUUUUUUAUAUACAUUUUAAAAAUUGUUUAGACAAUAUAUUAAAUUUUUGAGUUUUAUAAUAUAGCAAUAAUUUUUAUUGUAUCCAUACAAAUUAUAAUGAUUCA